AUGUCGUGCGAAAAGAAAGACGAUGAUAAGAAGGAAGAUAAGAGCAAAAGUAAACGAAAAGAAGAGAAAAAAGAAGAAAAGAAAGAAGAAAAAAGAGAUUUGGAGAAGAGUAAAAGGAAGGAAAAAGAGGAAAAAAAGGAUGUCGAUAAGAGUAAAAGAAAGGAAAAAGAAGAGAAGAAAGAUGCUGAAAAAAGUAAGAGAAAGGAAAAAGAGAAAGAAGAAAAGAAGGAAGAAGAGAAAAAAGAAGAGAAAAAAGAAGAGAAAAAAGAGGAAAAGAAAGAAGAAAAGAAGGAUGAGAAGAAGGAAGAACAGAAGAAAGAGGAGAAAAAGAAACGAGCUGGAGCCGUUUAUAAUCAGAUGAAUAAUAAAAAUUUGAUCGGCGAAGGAUCGACUGUUUUGGGUAGAUUCGAAGUUGAUGUGAUUAUUGGAGGCGGAGGUUUCGCUCAGAUUUAUAAAGCGUACGAUAAACUUCGAAAAGAGGAUUGUGCUAUAAAGAUGGAGAACUCUGCUCUGGACAUUCGUAGAAUGAAACUAGAGAUUACUGUACUUUUGGCGCUCCGUGGACAAAUGGGUAUUCCAGAAAUUCUUGGCCAAGGGAAAUGGCAACACGGAGAUAUCAAAUCUCAGUAUAUUGUGAUGCAAUUGGUCGGAAAGAAUCUAUCAGAAGUCCGCAAACUUCUUCCUCAUCGGAGAUUCAGUGACCGUACACUUUAUCGUGCAAUGCUUCAAGUUCUUAAGGCACUUUCACUUCUUCAUGGUGCUGGAUUUCUGCAUAGAGAUUUGAAACCAUCGAAUUGUUGUAUUGGAGCGAAUGACUGCACCAGAAUCUAUCUGAUUGAUUACGGAUUGACUCGUCAGUAUUUGGAUAAAGGAGGCAUCGUUAGAAAGCCACGUGCAGGUGUUGGUCUACGUGGAACUGUUCGAUAUAUGAGUCUGGAUGCUCAUGCGAGACAUGAUUUGGGACCGAAUAAUGACCUGGUUUCGUUUCUCUAUACAACGAUCGAGUGUGGGGAUGGAUCACUUCCCUGGUCGAACGAAUCAACUCAUGAGAACAUAAUCAAGUUGAAACAAGCACAUACAGGGGAGAAACUCUGUACGAAACAGCCAGCAAUGACGAAAGUUGCCGAGUAUAUUGAAUCUCUCAGUUAUCAUAAUAUUCCCGAUUAUGAGAAACUAUUCAGUCUCGUUGAUGACUGCAAUCCACCGGAUCUUCUUCCAAGUGAACCUUAUGAUUGGCAGUAUCGACCAGUCCACAACCCAAUGACCCCAACACCUAAUAACGAUACUCCAGGAGGGACAAAGGAAAAUGCAACUGAGCGGAUGAAUGUUUGA